AUGCAAUUACAUUAUUCUUUAAGUGCGUUAGUGCUCACUAUAGCCAUGCUCAUCAUAGAUGUCGAUAGUUUCAUGUUUAACUUCAACCAACAACAGCAACAGCAACAGCAACGUCCAAAGCUAGAACCUUAUGAAGAUAGAGUAUUAGAUAAUGAAUGUAAAAACUAUUUAUGUCCAGUGACACUUGAAUGUGUUUUAUCAAAAUCCGAUUGCCCUUGUCCUUUCCCAAAAUCACAAUUGAAGUGUAUUCUUCCAAAUGAAGAAACUAUGUGCAUAUCAAAACCUGCAACACAUGAUCAAAAGAUAAAUAAGAUCUAUGAUGAUCCGGUAGAAGGCCCCAAAGCCCACAUUAAAGGUAUGAGAGACUGUGGUUGGGUUUUGGAUACAUAUGCUGGUAAAUAA